CCGAAUAAUAAAAUAUCAAUUUUGAUUAUACUAGAAUUCUUCUUCUCUCUCUCUCUUCUUCCUUUCAAAUUCUCUUUCUUGUCGCCGGUCGCCGGAGAUUCAACCGGAAAAUUAACAAACCGUUUAUGGAUUGCCGGAGAUUCCUUUCAUCCGCCGCCGUUAACAACCGAUCUCCGAUUUCUUUAUUCACUCCUUGGAUACGAUAUCUCCGGUUCAGUUUUUCCUGAUUUUUUCGUAUUCCUAAGAAGGUUUAAUAGCCCUGCCUACACAACAAGGGAUUUGCCUUCUGGGCCGAGCUCGUUGCACGGGUUACCUCUCCUGUGUGGUUUGAGAGCUAUUGCACAGGGGCUAGAUUUACCUUGUGCGCACCCGAAGGAUUGCGGCUGCGGGUUCCCAUAAAAAUUGUUUAGUUUAAACUCUUUCAGUAAAGCUGUCAUUUUUUCCCAAAACCUGGAGGCGAAAUUUAAGCUUGAAUUAAGGAGAAGUGGUGGUGUGGCGCUUAAAAUGAUUUAAGUGCUUUUUAUGUCAACUUAAAAAUGGCUGCUUCUACUGAGUGUGACAAGCCCUCUACAUAAGAAAAUGUCUGGGAGGAAGGCUAAGACUUCUGGUUGGGCUGCAUUUGACCUUAAUGAGAGACUGAAGCAACAAGAUCGUGAGCCAGAGCCUGAAAGAGAAACCUUCCCUCACUUAUCCGUUCCUGCUACUUCAUUAAGUGGUCCAUCUCAAAGCAUUGGAGCAACGUUAGAGAAGCCUUUUUCAUCCGUGCUGGUACCAUCUGUAAGUUUUCCGUCUUUAAUGGCUUAUAAAGGGUCUGAUGCAAAUCUUAUACAAGUUGGCAAUUCUCGUCUCAGCCAGAGUGAUGGUUUUAUCAAAGAAAGAGAUUUUUUUGAGGUGUGUCAAAAGCUCAAGGAAUUCCAUCCAUGGGCUGAUGACACCUUGAUUGCGGAUGUCAUGGCUGGUGUAAAUGAUUUCAGUACGGCCUUAACAUUGUUGGAAGCAAUGGUAUCUCCUGAUAAUGGAUUUGAUAUUGACAAAUUCUUGACUCCAAAAGAAGCAGAUACUCCCUCCAUGCAAAAGCUUAAAGAAGUAGACACGGAUACUAAAGGAGUGAAUUCUAGUAAUAAGGAUUCUUUUACGACUACUAGUAAAUUUGCUGCUACAGACAGCGUGAAUCUAGACGAAUUGAGUGAUGCACUUGCUAAGUGUCUUCAGAGCAACAGUCGAGAACUAAUAAGCAACUGUGUUUCUCAUGAGAACAAACUUCAUUUUGAUGGAGCAGUGGGGAGUAUGACGUUUGUACCGGUUGAGCCUGAGUGGGAAGAGGAUGAUAUUUACUCGAUCCAUCGGAAGGACGCGAUGAAGAUGACAAGGUCAGCAGCUCGACAUUCUAAGGCUGCCAGUGAGGCCUAUCUCAGAGGUGACCACUUAUCUGCCCAACAUUUUUCUCUGAAAGCUCAAAAAGAGUGGGUUGCUGCUAACAGGUUAAAUUCCCAGGCAGCAAAGGAAAUUUUAAUUGCCCGCAACUGUAAGAAUGAUCAAUGGACAUUGGACUUGCAUGGUCUUCAUGCAACAGAGGCAGUUCAAGCUUUACAAGAACAUUUGCAAAAGAUCGAAUCUCAGAUGACACAGAAUCGUGCUGCCCAUGUGAAUCAAGUGAACUUGAAACCCAGCUUUGCAGCUGCUGUCUCUAUUGAGUCUUCAGGCCGUAUUGAUGUGGAGAAUGAGAAUAAAGGGUCCCUAUUGAAUAAGCAGCGACCAGCUUUCUUGGAGGUCAUUACAGGUAAAGGUAUUCAUAGCCGGGGACAAGCUGCCCUUCCAAUGGCUAUAAGAAGCUUUCUCAUGGAGAACGGAUAUCGUUAUGAGGAGAGAAGGCCUGGGGUGAUCACAGUUAGACCCAAGUUCCGACCACGAUAAAUACAUUUAUAUGAUAUAUUACCUAUUCUAUUAACUUUAUUGAGAGAUCUUGAGUCUUGAACUGGUCGGAGACCAAAAUCGCGCUGUGGUCAUUUGUAUAUCCUAUUGAAUAAUUUCAUGGCCUAACAUUAAUGUGUUACAAACUUCAAUUAUAUGUUUGAACAACCUUUCAUCGGUUUGAUGGAGGAAAUGUAUUUAAACAUUGAAUAUAAUCAGAAUUUUGAGUUCAGAGUCA